AUGACAACAAUAUCCGAUUUGAUAAAAUUAUUGCCAGAGGUAAGGGAAGGUGUCGAUGUUUGUAUGAAGAGUGAUGAAAAUUCAAGAAAUAUGGAAAAUGCUGAAAUGCACGCAAUUGUAAAAACUUGUAAUAAAUUAUUAAUUGAUGAGAAGCGGAAGGACUCAAUUACUUUUAGAGAAGAGGUCAUGUCGCUAUUAGUUGCCACAAAAUGGGAACUAUUUCAAAUAAAGGAUCCUUCAAUAAGUAAGGAUGAAUUUGAAGAAGUAAUAUGUAUAAAAAAUCACCAGUUUGUUCGAAGACCUGAUUUUGGUGACAACCCUACUUGUGAAUGUUGUAGAUCUCAGAUAUGGAGAAGGUUACAAAAUUAUUAUCGUUGUAAAUUAUGUGGCUUCAAAUGCCAUUUCUCUUGUACAAAUAAUGUUCAUAGAAAAUGUGUUGGGAUAAAAUUUAGGAGUCCAAAUUUUAAAGCAAUACUUGAUAUAAGACCUGAAUCAAGUUUAUAUGAGCAAAAUUUUCAAUGUUAUGAUUGUGGUAAAGAGAUUUCACUUGAUGAUUUAGAUGAUAGUUAUGAAAUGGCAAAAUUAUGUGAUUAUUCUGGAAAAUAUUUUUGUGGUAGUUGUCAUUGGGAUGAUGAAAUGCCUAUUCCAGCUAGAUUAGCAUUAAAUACAGAUAGUAGAAAAAGAGGUAUUUCAAGAUCAAGUAAAGAAAUUCUUCAAUAUAUAUUUAGGAAACCAUUAAUUAAAGCAGAAGAUAAAAAUAAAACAGCUUUUUGUAUUGAUGAUCAUUUAAACCCAAUGAAAAAGUACAGAGAAGAUAUUUUAAGAAUGAAACGUUAUUUUACUGUUUGUAGGCAUCCUAGUUGUUGUGAAUUUGUCGAAUUAUUACAGAAUUAUCAACAUUAUCUCGAAACUUCAGAUAUGUACUCAUUAAAAGAUUUAUAUGAAAUUAAAAAAGGAAGACUUGUAGAAAAUAUAGGAAAAGUGUUAACUAAUUUUCGUAAACACAUUUCUUCAAAUUGUGAUAUAUGUCAAGAAUUAGGAUAUAUUUGUGAAUUGUGUAAUGAUAAAGAAGUAAUUUAUCCUUUCAAUGAAGGUGUUGUACAAUGCUGUUACUGUUCAAAUGGAUAUCAUAUCCGGUGUUUCUUACGUGUUAGUGCAAAAUGUCCAAAUUGUGAAAGAAUAAAAUCUGAUAGUGAAUAA